ACAGGGGGUACCGGUCCUUGGCCUGUUAGGAACCAUCCGCAGCACAGCAGGAAGAAUCUGCCAGCAUCUCUCAGAAAGAAACACCAAAAAAGACUGUUAAUAUGGAAUCAACUGAAGUAUUCACCGAGAAAACUGAGCUGACUGAAGAAGCAAAGAAUUACCAAAAAUAUCUGAAAAAAAUCAACCAAUAUUAUCAGUUCACCUUGCCCCAAUAUGUAAAAUAUCAAUAUCGCAAAAUUAUGGAACCAUGGAAAAGCAUAAAGACAAAUGCUUACCAAGUUAUCCCCACUCUGGGAUUUUUAAGAUUCUUGAAUUCACUGCUUCUACUUUACUUCGGAAACAAUUUCUCCUUCUACCUCAUAGACUGUAUUGACUCUAUCAAGCAGAAACACAGAUAGUUAUUAAAAAUAAUAUUAUGUGC